AUGACAAUCCAAACGGCUGCGAAACAACUCACCAGAACCACAAAAUAUAAGCUUAAUAAUGGAAAUUGGAUUCCGGCUGCAGGUUUCGGCGUCUACUUGUUGGAACCAGAGAACUGCUAUCAGCUAGUGUACGAGGCGUUGCUGCAGGGCUACCGUCACAUUGACACAGCUAUGGGAUAUGGAAACCAAAAAGAUGCAGCUCGGGCAGUUGCUGAUUUUGUGCAGAAGACUGACGGCGUCUCAAGAGAAGAUAUUUGGUUCACCACUAAAAUCUCCAAUGCUAGUCAGGGCUACGAUGAGGCAAAAUUGGCUGUUCAGAAGAUUGCAGAUGACGUCAAAGAGUACAUUGGCUAUGUUGAUUUAAUUUUGAUCCACUCACCAUUGACCUCCAAGAAGAAGAGGGUUGGAACCUGGAAGGCUUUGCAAGAGUACGUGCUUGAUCCCAACAAUAGCACCCUUGUGGUGCACUCGAUCGGUGUUUCCAACUUUGGUGAGCAUCACAUCGAAGAACUUUUGCACAGCGACGGUGUCACCAUCAAGCCAGUUAUCAAUCAGAUAGAGUUGCAUCCAUGGCUGCCAAAGCUUAAGUUGCGUGAGUACUUGACCAAACAGAACAUUGUAAUCGAAGCAUACUCUCCGUUAACGCAGGGUGUUAAGCUCGAUGACCCAGAAUUGUUGGCUUUGGAGAAGAAAUUCAACGUGUCCAAGAUCGAGAUUCUCGCCAAGUGGGCCUAUCUCCAAGGAUUCGUGGUGUUAUUGAAAACAGCCAACAAGUCCAGAGUCAAGCAGAACUUCGAGAUUUUGCCUCCAGGAAAGGAAUCAAAAGACGCCUUGGACGAGGGUGGCAAUCUUGGCAAAAUCGACUUGGACCUUGACCUUUUGGACGCUUUGGACAAACUCAACACCGGUGAGGUUUUUUGCUGGAACAACACAGACCCAACCGAGAACAGAGACGAGCCUGAGUAA